AUGGCUGUGAUGCUAUAUGGGUCUCUCCAUUCCACAUGCACACAGCGAGUGAUCCUCAUACUAGCUGAACUAGGGGUCAAACAUGAAUUUACAGAAAUCAAGUUUCAAGAAGGGGAGCAUAUGGCCGAAGAUUAUGUGCGCUCCUAUCAUCCUUUUGGACGUGUCCCAGUCCUCGACGACGAGGGAUUGCGGAUCUUUGAAUCAAGAGCCAUUUGUAGAUACCUUGUCGCAAAGUACGGUCGUAAUAGCGACUUGUACCUGGAAACAGACCAAUCCCCCGAGGACGUCGCUCACUACGAAAAGGCAUCCAGUGUCGAGUACUCCUACUUUGACCCAACCAUGAAGUCUCUUGCAUUCGAGAAAAUCUUCAAGAAGCUUAUUCUCUGCAGGUUCAUGGGGCUCGGUGAUCCCAACUUGGUUGAAGUCUCAAAGUUAAUGGACCUUCUUCACACAACUCUAGACUAUUACGAACAGAUUACGUCCAAGAGGGAUUUUCUGGCUCAAGAUAAAUUCUCACUCAUUGAUUUAUACCAUAUGCCAUGGAUUCACUUCUUAUCCAAGUUGGAUUUACAGGAAGAAAUAUCUGCGAGGCCAUCUUUGAAAGCUUGGUGGGAGCGAUCGUCUAGUAGGACAGCCUGGCAAGACUUGGUUGCUCGUCUGUAG